AUGUCGGGCACUAUUGCUCAGUGGAAAAUUCAUGGCAGUCGCCUCCAUCGCCUUCGUGCGAGGAAUGGUAAGACUAUAACAGACGAAGAACGUAUGCAAACGUUUCAACGUGUAGCAUCGAAAGUCAUCAAUGUCUUGCGUUUGGCGAGCGUAUUAUAUGACCGGAAAAUUCAGCUCGCUACUAUCGACCGGGUAAUGAAUAUUAAUGGAGUCAUCCAAACACUUAUGCUGGGAUAUCAUCCACUCCAGCCGAGGGUUGGAAGAAGCGAAGUGCUUCAACCGCGACGUCCCUGGGAAGUGACGGAUGCACCGGAGUAA